UAGGCCUUACCGCUUUAGUCAUAAAUGGUUUAAAGAGGCCCACGCUUGCCUGACAACUUAGUCAUCAGACGAUCUGUCGUUUACCUUUCACUCAGAACCCAGAACUUGAGAAGGGAGAAGCAUCCUUGUAACUAGUCAUUUCAAGCUUGCAAUUGGGAUGCUGGUUGCUACAGUAACAGCCUUAUUGAACAGCUGCCCGACUGCUAAGCAGGCAAAGCAAAUCCAUGCACAGAUUAUUGUUUGUGCUCUUAAUAAUCUUGAGCCUCUCUUGGUUCGACAAAUCCUUCUCUCUGCUUCCACUUAUUCUACAACUGUUGCUCAAUAUGUCCUCAAAAUCCUUUACCAUUUGCAUUGUCCAGACGCCUUCUCAUGGGGUUUCACUGUUAGAUAUUUCUCCCAGCAAGCCCAAUUCAAGGAAGCCUUGUCCCUCUACUUUCAAAUGUUUAAACAAGGACUUUGUCCAAGCACAUUUGCUAUAUCGUCCGCUUUAAGGGCAAGUGCUAGGAUUGUAUGUAGGACUGAAGGAAUAUUAAUUCAUGCGCAAAGUUUUAAAUAUGGUUUCUGUGGUUGUGUUUAUGUACAAACUGCCCUCGUAGAUUUAUAUUCAAAAUUGGGUGAUAUGAACACAGCACUGAAGGUAUUUGAUGAGAUGCUGGUGAAGAAUGUGGUUUCAUGGAAUUCAAUUUUAUCUGGGUAUUUGAAAUUAGGGCAUUUAGCAGAGGCUCAGCGUGUGUUUAACCAGAUACCAAGGAAAGAUGUUGUGUCCUGGAAUUCAAUGUUAACAGGAUGUGCAAAAAGUGGAGAUAUGGACCAGGCUUGCCUUUUGUUUGAACAGAUGCCAGAGAGAAAUUAUGCUUCUUGGAAUGCAAUGAUUAGUGGGUAUGUGGACUGUGGGAAGAUAGAAUCAGCACAAAAGCUUUUUGCUGAAAUGCCCCAAAGAAAUAACGUUUCCUGGAUUACAAUGAUUGCUGGGUACUCCAAAUUCGGUUUUGUUGAAUCUGCUUGGGAACUAUUUAAUCAGAUGCCUGAAAAGGAUCUUAUCUCGUUUAAUGCCAUGAUAUCUUGCUUUGCUCAAAAUAACCGGCCAACAGAGGCCCUUAAAUUGUUCAAUGAGAUGCUUAAAGCUGAUGUAAAUAUUCAACCAGAUGAGAUGACUUUAGUGAGUGUUGUGUCAGCUUGUUCACAACUGGGGGACGUGAGGUAUGGAUCAUGGAUCGAGUCAUAUAUAAAAAAUUUUGGAAUCGAAUUUGAUGAUCAUUUAGUCACUGCUUUAAUUAACCUUUAUGCAAAGUGUGGGAACAUUGGUAAGGCGUAUGAGCUAUUUGAUGGCCUUAAGAAAAAGGAUGUGGUUGCUUACAGUGCAAUGAUCUUGGCAUGUGGCAUAAAUGGGAAGGUUUAUGAUGCGGUUAACUUGUUUACUGCAAUGGUGGAUGCUCAAAUCGAACCAAAUUUAGCCACAUUUAGUGGACUGUUGACUGCAUAUAACCAUGCUGGUUUGGUUGAAGAGGGCUACCAGUGCUUUAACUCCAUGAUGGAACACCAGCUUGUCCCUUUACUUGAUCAUUAUGCAAUCAUGGUUGAUCUUUUAGGGAGGGCAGGAAGAUUACAAGAGGCAUAUGAGCUUAUAGAGAGUAUGCCAAUGCGGCCUUGUGCUGAGGUUUGGGGAGCUUUACUGCUUGCCUGCGAGGUACAUAGCAAUGUUGACUUUGGAGAGAUUGCAGCUAAGCAUUGCUUUGAGUUGGAGCCUACUACAACUGGUUAUUAUUCUCUUCUUGCAAACAUUUAUGCCUCUGUUGGGAGGUGGGAUGAUGCUAGGAAACUGAGAGAGGUGAUUAAAGACAAGAAAUUGGCCAAGAUACCAGGGCGUAGUUGGACAGAAAUAACUUAAUUCUUUCACAUUAGGACAACCAUAUGCGCUCCAAGAGCUUGAACAUCACGGACUUCAACUUGGUUUUGCUUGUAAAAUCUAUACGAAACUUCGAGUUGGCAUGUCUCUUGGCCAGUCACCAGAAAGGCAUAGUGGGACCAAGACUGAGGAUAAAUAUGUCAAGCAGAAAAUGAAUAUAUUCAUUCCCUCUCUCAUUGUCCGAACUCAAAAUGGUUGCAGUGUUCUUAUCAGCGGAUCAUACUCCAUUUUUGGUGCAAAUUCCAUAGUUUGCAUACUUAGUAUGGUGCAAGCACCUGCCAUCAAUACCAGAAAAAUAUAUACAUGUACUAAAGCACUUUUUCACUGAUUUCUUCUUAUCAGAAGCUUGUAACCUGCAUCCCAUAACUAAUAUUUACAUUCUAUUUAUUUGUGAAGUGCAAUGAAUUAUACUAUUAAUACUAUUUGCGCUGAAUAUAUAUUUCUUGCCAAGAAGGGAAAUCAUAUUGUAA